UGGCACCGAGUUUUAUCGGCGGGCUCAAAGUUCAGAGAGUUGUGUAGUCGAAACACAAAGGCUUUGAAACUUGAACACGCACGGUGAGAGGGUCAGGGGUGACUCGAACUCGUGUGUGGAUACGGAUAUCAGGGUUGGUUUACAAUAAGACAUCUCCAUUUCGCCCACAAAGGCCACGAUGUAUUGUGAGCUGAUUCGCGACACGCUCACGCACAGAGCCCCACGACUGGAAUUCAGUGUGGUCCGCACGAUGUCUCCCUAUUCUGGGGCGAGUCUUAAAGCCUCUCGCCGAGCCUUCCGUCUAAAUGAGAUCGACCGGCUCUCUGGAUGAACGGUGGAUGUUAGUCUCAGCUCCAUUCUCAUGUCUCAUGUCAAAACAUAUUGGCAGUAAGCUGCGCCCUGUUGGCGAGCGCAGGUGACGCUGAUCAGCUGAGAACUUACAGGCCAUAUAACUGAAGUUAUAAAUGUGUCACACAUAAUGAUAUCGCUGCUGGUGAUCGUACUCACGUACUGUACAUGUAUAUUGGGAGACAUGAGUUCACUUGUACAGAGCGGCGUUCGUCAUCAUACAGGGGAUACUUGAUUUGAACAUUACUAGGAGUUACUUGCCAUCGUGUGAUGUUCUUCCUCUGUCUUCUUGUUUUAGGGACAUCACGUUGUUGAACUGCUCCAUGUUGGAAAUAACAGAAGUAUACACCUUGUAUCUGCACGCGUGGAAUGACGCAACCCAAGUGCUCAUCUACAGUGGAUUUUAACAAAUUGUUUUUGGGGGUGACCCAGCAGUGACAUACAUCACCAACAAAAUCCUACUGACAAAGAAAGUGAAGGGUCGUCACCCAAUCUUACAAUUUGUGUCAAAUAAUGGCCAAUCUAUGGCCCCUGAACCAUUCGUUUCUAAGCGGCUGAUAUAUUGACCCGUGCCGCGUCAGUUUUUGUUGUGUCUGUUGACACAGCGGUUGUGAGAUUUGCUUGUGAACUCCGCGGGGGGGUGUCGAAGGAAAGGUGAGAAGAAUCGCCGGCGGGUCACUCCAUGUCCCCAGCGUGACCUGGCGGGAUUUGGACGCUCGCGUGCUGCGGCGUGGCGUGUUGAAGUGUGUGGUCUGUCGAAUGUAAUCUCCGUGCUCUCACUGGGAAGAUAAGAUCGCGACAAUAACCUCAGGCUUCCUGGACUAUCCUUCACUUUUGAACACCACGGGACAGGAGCUGUGAAGCAAGCACCAUCAAGCACGAGGACUUAACAUGGAGGAAGGAAUAGACUAAUGGAGGCAAUGUGACUUGGAGGUACAUCGGGAGUUGGUGGGUUAGCGUCUUGCAGAGCGGGGGCGGCAGUAUGUCUGUGGGGCUCCAGCCGUGGAAGGCGGCGUGGCUGCUGGCCUUUCUUCUCUCAGGCAUAAGACUAGGUAGCUGUGCUAGACGUCAUCGGCUGUGGGUGCCAGAUGAUCAUGUGGCCCUUAAUGGUGACGUCACGGUGGAGUUCCAAAGACCCAGAGAUGACGUGUUACCUAACGGGGUGUUGGAACUACGCGACCUGUCUGGUUCGGACAACUACCGGACUGAGAAAGGCCUUCCCAACAGGCCGAACGGGAACGUCAGCUUCGAGUGCAGCUACUUCGACCACGCCGGGGAAUUUGAGGUCCGGAUGCUACGGACGAGUGGCGGAGAGAUACUUGCCACCAGCUCAGUCAUCCACGUCACCUGGCCCAUCGUGAAUGUGAUAGCACCGAGGACGCACGUGGCCCUGGAAGGUGGCAUCGCGGUGACCGUGACGACCACGGCCAAUCUAUGCACGGAUAUGCAAUAUAAUCGAUACGAAAAUUCAGUGGUGCUGCUUUAUCAUGACGUCAACAGGACGUUGUCCCAGACGGAAAUGAUAACCUCCAGUCAUGGAUCCGUGGUGGUGGAGAGAGAGGUGGGAACUCUCACGGCCGUCCAUUUGGAACAGUUCGAGUGCCAGACUAUAGACAGGGCCGGCAUCUACUCUUUCAUUUACUGCUCUAGUUACCGGCGGCUUAUCCUGGGUACCAGCCAGCCGGUUGAGGCAGCAUGGAGCGGGCGCUACCGGGUGACGUUCCCCAGGGAGACGGUCUUUCCUUGCCCAGACCAAACCGCCGUAGAAGUCAGCUUCGACGCUCCGAACUGCCGCGGGGACCGGGACAAAAUCAGGGUCUACGCCGAGACGGGCAGGUUCGAGCUCCGGCCUACAGGAACUCUGGACUAUGUCACCGAGGUCACGGUGAUGGGCACCUCCGUUAUCUUCGAUUGCUCCCAUUUCUCGCUAGACCACUUGGGUUAUUGCUUUGUGUACGUCAGCACAGCUAAGAAUGGAGCUGUGGAUGCUCACAGGGACAAGAUCCUUUGUGUGCCCGUUGAAGCGAUAGGCCCACCUGUGGACGGAUCCUGGAGCGUGUGGUCCGACUGGGGCGCAUGCACCGUGACCUGCGGCGAGGGUCAACGCAACCGGUAUCGACUGUGCAAUAACCCACCGGCCGCCAAUGGUGGCGCCCUUUGCGUCGGCGAGACCGUCAUGUCUCAACUUUGCAAUUACGGAGUGUGUCCAGCGCACACAGAUCCAACAGACAUGGUCUCUGAGCCCACCGUCAAGCCCAACUGCACCUGCGGCGGCUGCACGCUGCACGCCGACCCCGGCGGCAUUAUCGCCUCGUCACCCUACGAUUGUACCUCCCCACUGACCGAAGGCACCGUGGCGUCCCCGGGCGGACAGGUGCUGACCUGGUUGGUGGUGGGGUCGGACCACCAGCGGGUGCGACUGGAGUUCCGAGCCUUCAACCUGCACCCGCAGGAGGAAUGGAUGCGGAUCAGGGACGGUGGAGAUCAGCGGGCUAAGGUGCUGGCCUACCACACGGGCAGCCGGCUGCCGGCUGUCGUGGAGUCCACCGGCAAUCGGUUGUACAUCGAAUACAAGGUGUACAGCGGUGGGGAACCAGACCGUGGCUUUCGGGUCCGCUACAGUAGUCUUGACGGCGGUAUUCCCCCGACCACGCCGGUGGCGGCGGGCUCCACGGGUGACGAGGAGGCAGCCGGUCUGAACCUGGGCUCCAUCAAUAACACGGUAAUGAUGGUAGGGAUCUUCCUGUGUGCCGCUGUCAUCCUCGUUUCCAUCGUCAUCACCGUCUUCACCGGCUGCAGGAAGUCGAAGAGUGCCACUGAGAUUGAGUUGCGGCCCAACCCGGGACCCGGCUCCUCCAUCGCCUCGGCGGGCGGCGGCCAGCGGCCGUGGGGCCCACCCGGCCACAGCUGCUCCUCGCAGUCGGAGAUGUCGCACCAAUCUGGCAAGAGGGGUCGGCCAGACGGUCAUCUAGGCGACCGCAGCCAGCUUUACAUGGUCCAGGACGAAGGGCUGGCCUACCUGCCGGAGUCCAACGUGAGCCUGUCUUCGCCGUAUCACACGCACAGCAGCGAUACCACGGGGGUGAGGAGACCUCCCAAGAUUCCCGAGGACAAGAUCCCGAGCCCCUACCAUUCGCCCCGCACCGACUUUAUCCAGAUGGAGCGCUUGCGCAAGGUGGGUCUACCCUACCACAUUGGCACGGGCAGUUCGCAGAGCGAGGUCAGCCGCCACAGCGGCAGGACGGAUAAGAAUACCACUACGCUGGCCACCAAAACACCGGAAUACCUGGCGAUGCGUGGCUACAGUGCCGCUGGUAGUCUGACCAGCUUCGAGCAGAAGUAUGGCUCCCUACCCCGUAGUGAUCACCGUAGUGACAACCGGAGUGAACACAGGAACAGUGACCAACGGCAUAGUGACCAACGUCAUAGUGACCAUCGCCAUAGCGAUAACCGCCAUAGUGAUCAUAAGAGCGAUCAUCACCACAGCGACCACCGGAGUGAUCACCGCAGCGACCACGGCUUCGACAGCAACCUGCCGUGCGUAAAUAAAGAGGGCCAGCUCACACCCCUAGGCAUGGCCCUCUCCCGAAAUCAAACUUUCAAUCAGAAUGAGUUCAGAACUCCGGAAGUUUUGCCUCACAUACCCGAGGGACAGCCGGCACCCGUGAACCAUGUCACCAAGUGGCCUCCGACUCCUAACGAAGGGAGGACAGUGGCCGAGAUCAAUAGAAACACACCGGUAAACAGAAAAAAGUCCGCGCACGGCGAAAAUAGCGUGCAUCCGGUCGGGGUACAACAACCCUUGGUCAACGGAGAAUCCCCGAGCGGUCAAAGGCCUCGAAAGCUACCUCUGACCCCAAGACAAGCCUUCUUUGAGGACACAGAGAGUCUUGGGGUUGUCACCCCUAUGACUGACAUUUCGUCAAAGGACAACAUGCAAAUAAGAAGCCCUAGGUCAACUUUUAGCCCAAAAAAGAACGAGGUUGUGGACAUAAGCAACAAAGGAGUGACGUCACCACUAUCCUCUCCUGGCGAACUUGCUCCCGGACAUACGGGCAAUUCGAAGCGAUUCCCCGAUAGAAAUAACUCUGGCGCCGGUGGCCGCUCCAAACGGAAAAAGAUUCCCCAUGCCAGCAGCGCGCGGAAGACACGAAAGUCCGAGAGUAAGCGCACUUCGUCAGGAGACGAGGAUGGACGGACAGCCGCUAAGCUUGCCCUAUACAGCACCGCAGAGUCCGAUGACGCCAGCGCCACAAACUUACUGAGUGAGCCCACCUCGCCCGUUCGCAUUCCGGAGCUGGAUAAAAAGCAGAACACCGACAGACUCAAGUCAGUGUUCAUUAGCGACGAGAGCUUGGCCAAGACUUUCUCCGGUGGGGAGAGCUCCCGGUCGGGCAUGACACCACGCACGCCCCGCCGUCUCCCCAACACCCCUCCCUCGGGCUUCUCUCCAACGUCCAACAAGCUCAAGAGUGUUCUGGUCUACAGCGACUUCUCGAUCGAUCAGGACGAGCCGGAGUAUGACGACUUCAUUCCCAACUUGCCGGGGACUUUCUUCGAGAACCAAACCCCUUUACCGACAGGGCUCAGCCCGGCGCGCAAGAAAAAUCAGCCGCUCAAGAAAAGUUCGCAUUCGGCAUCAGCAGUAUGAUGAAUGUUUCCUUACGUAGCUUUUUAUUAUGUGCAUAAAAUAGAGUCUAGAAAUGCUGUACGAUAUAUUACAAAUAUAGCUGUAUAUACUUGUAAACAAAUCUUGCAAAUUAGCUUUAAGUUACAUUUGAUAUGAAAAAAUAUCGAUGCCAGUCUAGUGUCUGUCCUCAGUACCUCCGUCAGACUCAACACGAGACACUAAAAUACCAACUGAAUAGUAUUUAAUACAGUACCAUACUCCGUUCAGUGACGACAACGCUGUGAGUACACAAUAACGGCGAUGAUCAGGCAGAAGCACACAAGAUUGGAUAAUGUUCGCACUAAACAGAGAGGAUUAAUGGAGCAGUUGUACUGCGCCCUCUUGUGUUGUGUUGUUGUGUUUGCUGAUGGUAAGAGAACACGUUGUACAUAAUUAGCUUUCCGUAAUGUAAUUCACGCUGGUCAUUAACUGUGCUACGUUUGUUGCAGAAAUGAAGUUGUGGUUAAUAGUUGUUGCAGUGGGUUUCCAACUGCAUGGUCUGUACAUUAGCACUGUAGGAGUAUUGAAAACAGGAGAAGUCUUUGGUUUUGAAUUCCACGAACUGGCGACCGUCUACUCAGAGUGUGUUGUGACAGCGAUUCUACACGAUAAGUCUAUCCUGGGUCCAACUUCACGGCGCUGCGUAGCACACGAUUUCACGCUCAGUCUCCAUGCAUUUCACGGAGACACGUAAGCACAGCCAAAGGCAUGCUAACGUGUGCACGCGCAUUUGUUAGCACAACCACGCCAAUCAUCGCUAUGAAAUAGUUCUUCAGGUCAGCAAUUUUUUUUGGCAAAGUUAGUACAACUUUACUGCUAUUAAGCAUCUCCGUGAAAACGGUCCUGGUUUGUAAACGCAAUGUGACGUCAUCGGAAGUUUAACCACGCCUACUGCACAUUGUGCCACAUGCAGCCUCGACUCCUUGGGCUGCGCGUGCGUUCCUUCACUUAAGAUCGCUCAAGGCAUGCAUAUGCGUGCGUUCCUUCACUUAAGAUCGCUCAAGGCAUGGCGUUCGGAACCAGCAUGGCGCAUCAAGAUCGUACCCAUGAGGACGAGGUUGUGCUACAGGGAACCCUGGAACUGGAAUUUAACGCAGACUGAGUGUUCGUCCAGUGCUAGCUUGGGGCAAGUUCGAUCAAGGACCAUAGAUAACCGUAGAUCGGUAAAUCUGAGCGAACGCACGCUUCUCGACAAUGGUUGGACUAGUCUGGUCAACUAUUCGCGACCAGUCGAGGUUGGUCGCAUCGUUGGUUGCGAAUCGAUGUUGACCAAUCAAAAACCAUGAUUCAUUUCCACUAGACCCUAUGCACGUGCAUGCACAUAAUAACGCGCGCGGCUGAAACAUGUAGUGUGGCAUUGGAGAGAAGCACUUCUCUCUACGUGCGCAGUGGGCGGGGCUUACUGGGUGGAUUGUUCUUUUCGCGAUAUAUAGGACGCAGUGAACAUACAAUGUAAACUGGUUACCCACACUGGAUGUACGGUAACACGAAUGUCCGAUCGGUCAGACAAGAUGUAGGCCUAAUUACCAUAGCUUACCACAGCCAGUUGUAGUUCAUUGUUGGAAGGUCUCUCUUAUUGUGUAACAUAUAGGAACACUUAGUGUAGUGAUUCAAUUCGCGACAGAAUCCUGUCAAUGCAGCUUAUGUCAAUUAGCCAUUUACAUAAUACAAAAAUGGACGCAAGACGUACAAAACCUGAGACAAACAAAACUCAACGAACAAAUUCCAUAGGAUUGUCUAAGGGGUGUAGCUAACUUACCAAACGGCGAUAGAUCAAUCACCCUUUCCUCAAUUCAGUAUCGACUAAAGACUUCACCAACAUUUUCUGAAAUUGUUUUUACUUCGGAGACUUAAAUAAAACUUAAAUACAGAUGUACUGCAAAGCUGUAACAUAUUUAUGGAACAGGUUAUCUGAGGAUUUCAUUCCUCUCUUUUAAGAAUUGCAGUUUACUGUUUAUAUUAUAGAAUGCAGCAGCUUCGAGCAUAAAUCGUCGGCAGAUUGAAUUGUAAUAAUAUUGACAGUUGAUAUGUAUUCAGAUAACAGUUGAUGUGAAGAUACAGACCUUUUGGUCUCUAAAACCUACUUGUUUGAUAUUUAUUGUAUUCAAUGAACUGAUUCGUACCAAGUUAAAGAACUAGCUCUGCUGUCACAAUACUUGACAGAAAUGUCUGCUCUAGGACGAUUUUUCAGCGCCAUGCCUCGAUUCUAGAAUAUCAACCCUCUUCUUAGAUUGUUUAUAGCGCCCUCUUGGGGUUAAACAUUGCACACUUAACAACGAAAAUUGUAAUCGUAGCAAGGCAUACGGACCAAUUCAAUUGAACUUCCAUGUUGUUUGUGCCUUCCAUGACCUGCCCGUUCAUCUUUUUUCAGUGUGAUUUUCCUACUUUUUUAUACUCUAGAGUAAGGCACCGUAUGAGUGUUUCCCCAGGAAUGAUUAAGUAGGACUGUAUUUUGACAGGACUCGGUCUUAAUGUAUGAACAAUUUUGAGACGUUAUACUGAAGCGUUGAAUUUGUCCAUUUUUAAUGGCUUAUUCAGCGGUCUGCUUCGACGUUGGUGGCACUUUUCGUGUUCCACGUGAUGUAAUAUCACAGUCUAACUGUUCGUGAUGAUAUGUUUCUCGACAGAACACUUUCAAGGGAAUGUGUGCCUUUAUUCCUCUUUAAAACAUCAUGUCAUGAGUGCCUAAGGUACUAUGCAACCCUCCUUUGACAAGUAAUUUUAUUCCCAGCUUUUCAACUUGAAAUUCUUUUCUGUUUUCUUAACAAGCAAUAUCAUUUGAACAACUUUUUGUAGAAAGAUGCCAUCACGUGGUAUGUGUCCACCGUCAGAAACAAAUGAUGCUGCACCAAGUUAUGUUAAGGACUGUGCCGUCCAUUUUGGACUUACACCCAAGGCAUCCUUAUCCGAAGGGGUCAGUAGUAUAAAGAGAUCAUAAACCAACAUAAACGCUGGUCUGUUUUUUCUCCCUGUAUGUUUUGCCCAACCGUAAGAUAUCCAAAAUCCUGCGCAUCUAGCAUGAUUUCUUUGUCAAUUUUCGAAACUGGAGCCAGGAUUGGGAUUUAACUUUCCCUAAUGCACCGUUUCAAAGACCUUGAUGUCUCCAAGCAAUCUCGAAUGGAAGAUGUGACGUCGCCUUGUACUUGCAUACAUAUUGGAAAAAGUUUUUUCAUUGCUCCGAUUGUGGUCGGGGCUGAUAUUGAACGCUGAUAUUGAAUUGAACGUUGAACACACGUCUUUUACUGAAUUGUCUGAAAUAAUUAUUAUGUCGUUUUACAAUUAUUUGGAUUAUUAAAUGGAAGUGAGUGUGAACUGA